CAUAUCCGUAAGAAUUACCUUACAGUUCAGACACAUUUGAACAAAAUGUUGGUGUAUUCCAUGGUCUUUAGUUUAAUAAUCCAUAGUUAUAGUGUUAGGAGCGUGGAUGUAUGUGCCAGUGUUAAUUUUUGUGCGUGUCGUGAUAACAUUGACGAUAACCAAGAUUAUUUAGGGGACAGUGUUGACUGUUCGUAUCAUUUCGAAGGACAAAAUGUCUUGGCCACUAAUUUUAGUCUGCCGGACGUUACAUUUUCAUUGGAUCUGUCUUCGAGCAAUAUAACACAUUUACACACAUCUAGACUUUUGCAAUCGACGACUUUGUUAGAGUUAACGUUGAAGAACAACAUCCUGAAAGAGAUCCCUGCGAAGGUAUUGCUUUUACCAGCGCUGAAAUGGCUGGACUUAAGCUACAAUCAACUAGAAUACAUCGAUAAAGAAGCAUUCAGUGACUUGAGAAAUGUGGAACAUUUGAACCUGGCUAACAAUAGACUUGUGACUUUCGAAAGGUUAGGUUUCCACCACUUGAGAAAUUUGAAUGAACUCGUUUUGGAUAAUAAUAAUUUGGGUAAGGGUUUGCUCGAAGCUAAUUUGUUCGAUCGGAGCGGUUUUGGUUUAACUCACAAAAUUAAAAGAUUGAGCAUUAGAGGCGUAAACUUGAACGAAGUGCCGGACAACUUUUUUUCAGACGCCUACGAUAUUCGUAAGCUUGUCAUAUCUAAUAAUAAUUUAAAAGAAAUUUUCGAGCUGCCUUUUACUUUAGAAUAUUUGGAUUUGUCAGACAAUCCAAUUUCAGACAUUUCAAAUGAAGAUUUCAUUGAUUUGCCUGGAUUAAAAGUGUUGAAAUUGAACAAUUUGUUGAUAAGAGAAGUUCCCGAAUAUGUGUUUUCAGCUUUACAUGGCUUAGUAGAGUUGGAAUUGGAAAGAAAUAAGAAUCUGACUAUAUUUAGCCCUUUGGCGUUUGGCCAAGACAUAUUGGAUGAUGCUGAUUACUUCGUUCUAGAAAAGUUAUCUUUACGAGGAUCUAGAUUGACGGCUUUGGACCAAGAAUUGGCGGAGCCUAUAGGGCAGUUGAGCAUUCUCGAUCUACAAGGGAACCCUUGGACCUGUGACUGCAAUCUGCUGUGGCUGAAAUCUCUACAAAUACCACCGGAAUAUUAUGAACAUAUAAGGUGCGGCUCGCCAAAACCGUUUUACAACUGCAAGGUAUUUGAACUGGACGCCAAAUACUUCUCGUGCUCGCAGAUAAGCGACCACCAUGUCGGCCUGGCACUGGCUAUCGUCGCGUUCUGCAUCAUACUUGCCGGUAUAGCAUUAUGGUUCUUCGUAUUCAUACCCAGGUACCAGUCCAGAGGCAAUUGUAUAGCUAAUCUGCAUACGCCCACAGCUACUUAUACUGUUUUGCCUGUACAUUCUCAUAGGACUGAAUUUUAAUAAUUUAAAUCAGACAUUCUUUUUAAGAUUUAAAAACCAAAGUCAUACAGGAAGUUUUUAAUGAGUGCACAUGUUAAUAGAAUACAAAGAAUUAUAAUUCCAUAUUUAUUAAUAUU